GUUUUCUGGUUCGGGCGUCGCCAUGGGUUCUCUCGGAAGUACUCAGCCGAAGAUCAUCAAGGGUCCUGACGGUUAUAUUCUCGAGGACGUUCCUCAUCUCACCGAUUACCUUCCCGAUCUUCCUACCUACCCUAAUCCAUUGCAAGACAAUCCAGCAUAUUCAGUGGUCAAGCAAUACUUUGUUGAUGCUGAUGACAGUGUCCCUCAGAAGGUUGUUGUUCAGCACAAUAGCCCGAGAGGAGUCCAUUUCCGACGAGCUGGGCCACGCCAGAAGGUGCACUUUGAAUCUGAUGAAGUGCACGCUUGUAUUGUUACCUGUGGGGGCCUUUGCCCUGGCCUCAACACUGUGAUUAGAGAAUUAGUUUGCGGCUUGUCAUACAUGUAUGGUGUGAAGAAAAUUCUUGGAAUAGAUGGUGGAUACAGGGGAUUUUAUGCGAAGAAUACUAUCCCCUUGAGCUCUAAAUUCGUGAACGAUAUCCAUAAGCGUGGAGGGACUAUCCUUGGGACCUCACGAGGUGGCCACGAUACCACAAAGAUAGUUGACAGCAUUCAGGAUAGGGGAAUUAAUCAGGUUUACAUUAUCGGAGGAGAUGGAACCCAACGAGGAGCAUCCAUUAUAUUUGAGGAAAUUAGAAGACGUGGCCUGAAAGUUGCAGUGGUUGGAAUACCGAAAACCAUUGAUAAUGAUAUACUGGUGAUAGAUAAAUCCUUUGGGUUUGACACCGCUGUGGAGGAAGCUCAACGUGCUAUUAACGCAGCACAUGUUGAAGCCGAUAGUAUCGAGAAUGGUAUUGGCCUUGUGAAGCUCAUGGGUCGGUACAGUGGGUUCAUAGCUAUGUAUGCUACUCUUGCCAGCAGAGAUGUGGAUUGCUGCUUGAUUCCGGAGUCACCCUUUUACCUCGAGGGAGAGGGUGGACUGUUUGAGUUCAUAGAGAGACGGCUAAAGGAAAACGGUCACAUGGUUAUUGUCAUUGCUGAAGGUGCUGGGCAGGAAUUAAUGCUGGAAUCCAUGACUCUGAAGGACGCCUCUGGUAAUAAACUUCUUAAAGAUGUUGGACUCUGGUUAUCACAGAGCAUUAAGGAUCAUUUUUCGAAGAAGAAGACAGUGAUCAAUCUCAAAUACAUAGAUCCUACGUACAUGAUCCGUGCCGUUCCCAGCAAUGCAUCGGACAAUGUUUACUGUACACUACUGGCUCAGAGCGCCGUGCAUGGUGCCAUGGCCGGAUACACCGGCUUCACCAGCGGUCUUGUCAAUGGCAGACACACCUACAUUCCCUUCUACAGAAUAACAGAGAAACAGAACAAGGUGGUGAUAACAGACAGGACGUGGGCGAGGCUGUUGUCGUCAACGAACCAGCCCAGUUUCUUGAGCUCCAAGGAUGUCUCGGAUGACCUCAAAUUGUUGCCGGAGACUCAGAUGCUCGGAGACCGUAGCUGCAACGGCGUCGCCGAUGUUCCUCCGGUGACCAAAGAGGUAGCUCAGUGAAAAAAUCCACCAGAACGACGCUGAAAUGACGAUUUUACCCUCCUGUUGCCGAGAAAAGUUAGUUUUAAGAUGCCUAUUUUCGCAGUUCUACAUAUCUUCUCGGCUGCUCUGCCUGAGGAAAUCUUUGUUCCACUUUUUUUUGCUUCUGAUUUUAACUACAUGAUUGAUUAUUGUAUCUGUACAUAUUUACAUUUCAUUGCUCUAUUUUUGUGGUUUUCCCCCCGAAUGUCAAUAUUUUAGUGCUGAAAUUUGGGGGAAAGCUGUAGGAUGGAUUUAAUUUUAUACUGUAAAAGCAAACAUAUGUAAUCAUAAACCCUUGGAAGUGAAGGAUAAUGCAAACUUCAUCCUUCCUUAUUACGUGGAACAA